AUGGUAUCAUCAAAGAAAGUUUAGUUGGGACUAUUUAUCUUAUCUCUAUGGUUCUUAGUCUAGGCCUUUGAGGCUGCAUAUUACAAUGGGAAACAUGCAAAUAAUUUAUCUGCUUAGUACCUGAAAACACAUACUAAAUAUUAGGCUUAGAUGAGGAAACUGACAAAGAAGUAUACUAAAUAUGAGAUUAAAAUGCCAGAGCCAGAGAUAAUCACUAAUUACAAAAAUAAAAUUUCUUAUGGAGUUGCCUAUUUCUAUCUAGUAGGAGGAUUAUGCUUAGCAUUCCAAGUUAAGUUUGCGAAUGUACUACUCAUCCCUAUACAUUUAAUGGUUUCAGUGCUAUAGCAUAAUCCUGAAUUGGCUGAAAGAGAUGCAGAAUACUAAUUGAAAGUGCGCUAGUUUUUAUUAGAUGGACUUAUUCUAGCAGCAUUAAUUACAUUUCAAGGAGUGAAAUUCAGGAGAUGA